UGGCGGACACCGAACUUGUAACGGCUAUUGCAUUUGGUUUAUCGUACUUUUAUUUAAAAUGCAAGCAAAGUGAAACAAAAAAAAGAAAAACUCGACGACAACGAAGAUGGUGGAUGAAAAAGAUUCAUCGAAAUCGUACCAGACAAUUUAUAGAAGAGAAAUUUAAUGAACUUUUAUAUGAACCUUCUGGCGAGUUUGAUAACUUCUGCCGAAUGAGCUAUACCGAUUUUGAAUUUUUACUGCAGAAAAUUUCACCAAUGAUAUCCAAGCAAGAUACAGACUUCAGAGAUGCUAUACCGGCCAAAUUUCGUCUUGCCAUUACGCUACGAUUUUUAGCAUCUGGUGAUUCUUACAAAAGCCUUCACUACAUGUUUAAAGUAUCUGUCUCUAUGAUAUCAAUAACCAUUCGUGAAGUUUGCCGAUCUCUUAAUGAAAUUCUAAAGGAUCUAGUUAAGAUGCCCACCACAGCAGAAGGAUGGCUUAAUAUUGAAGAAGGAUUCAGGACCAAAUUUCCACAUUGCAUAGGGUCAUUGGAUGGCAAGCAUGUAGUCAUUGAAAGCCCAACUCAUAGUGGAACAGAAUAUUUCAAUUAUAAAAAAACUUUUAGCAUUGUCCUUUUGGCGUUAGUGGAUAGCAAAUACAAAUUUGUAUUUGCAGACAUCGGGAGUCAAGGAAGAAUAAGUGACGGUGGCGUGUUUAAUAAUUGUUUACUAUGGAAAAGAAUAUGUAGGAACGAGAUAGAUUUUCCACCGCCAUGUCCACUUCCAGGAUCGAAUAUUAAUAUUCCAUACGUGUUUUUAGCUGACGGUGCUUUUGCAUUGAGUCAACACGUAAUGAAGCCCUACCCUGGAAACCAUGAAGUAGGCUCACCAAAAAGGCUAUUUAACCAAAACUUAUCUAAAUCCCGAGUUGUAGUUGAAAAUACGUUUGGAAUUUUAACCUCGGUUUUUAGAAUAUUCAGACGUCCUAUCGAUUUAGAACCACAAACUGUGACAGAAUUUACGAUGACUUGUGUAUUACUACAUAACUUUUUGAGAACAAGUAAAAGUUCUUCAAAUCGAUAUAUUCCUCAGGGUUCGUUAGACGUAUAUGACAGUAGUGGAAAUAUGGUUACACCUGGUUCAUGGCGCAGAGAUAACGACGGAUAUAAUGCAUUGCAAACAUUACCACAAAUACCACGAAGAUCUCCGCUGAAUGCCAAAGAAGUCAGAGAAGAAUUUACUUCAUAUUUUAAUAGGAUUGGAUAAGUUGAUAAAAAUGUAUAAAUAAAUUUAUAAUAAGUAA